UCCAUCUGAAAUCCAUCUGGGCGUUCAGUGAAUGUCGUUUUGUGUCUUCAUAGCUUCUCUCCUCUUCCUCUGGGUUCUGGUUCUGGUUCUGGUUCUGGUUCUGGUUCUGGUGCGGUCCGGGUGAGACUGGAGCGAUGGCAGGCAGGCUGUGAAGCUCGUUAACAUCAGCAGGUGAUCAGCAGGUGGAGCGAUGGCGGCGUGGCUGGGUCGGCUGGCGCCGGGCGAGGCCUGGUUCGCCAUGAGCUCCCGCCUGCUGAGGACCAAACCCGUGGGCUCCAUGGGCCACGGCGCCGACGACCUCACCGAGCUGCCGGAGGGCUCCGCCGCGGGGCUGGCCAAGGUCCUCACCACCCUGGACCUGGUGUCGCUGGGCGUGGGCAGCUGCGUGGGCACCGGGAUGUACGUGGUGGCCGGGCUGGUCGCCAAGGCGAUGGCCGGCCCUGGGGUCAUCCUGUCCUUCAUCUUUGCGGCGCUGGCCUCCAUACUGUCAGGAGUUUGCUACGCAGAGUUCGGAGUCCGGGUCCCUAAAACCACGGGCUCGGCGUACACUUACAGCUACGUGACGGUCGGCGAGUUUGUGGCGUUUUUCAUCGGCUGGAAUCUGAUCCUGGAGUAUCUGAUCGGCACGGCGGCCGGGGCGUCGGCUCUCAGCAGCAUGUUCGACUCGCUGGCCAAUCACAGCAUCAGUAACUACAUGAUUACACACCUGGGCACGCUCCGGGGACUCGGUAAAGGUGAGGACACGUAUCCCGACCUGCUGGCCCUGUUCAUCGCCCUGCUGGUCACAGCGAUCAUCGCCCUCGGUGUGAGAAACUCUGUGGGCUUCAAUAACGUCCUGAACGUCGUCAACGGGGUCGUCUGGGCCUUCAUGAUCGUCGCCGGGCUCUUCUUCCUGUCGGCUAGCAACUGGGAGGGCGGCAGGUUCCUGCCGUACGGCUGGUCCGGGGUGAUGAAAGGUGCAGCUACGUGUUUCUACGCCUUCAUUGGGUUUGACAUCAUCGCAACAACUGGAGAGGAGGCGAAAAAUGCCAACACCUCCAUCCCUUACGCCAUCACCGCCUCGCUGGUCACCUGCCUCACCGCCUACGUCUCGGUGAGCGUGAUUCUGACUCUUAUGGUUCCCUAUAAUCUGAUCGAUGGAUCCGCUCCACUCAUGGAGAUGUUUGCUGUUCACGGCUUCAUGUGGGGAAAAUACACGGUGGCUGUCGGCUCCAUAGCUGGACUCACCGUCUCACUGCUGGGCUCCUUGUUCCCGAUGCCCAGGGUCAUCUAUGCCAUGGCCCGCGAUGGUCUGUUGUUCAGGUUCCUGGCGCACGUCUCAGCUCUCACACACACUCCAGCGGUGGCCUGUGUGGUGUCGGGAAGCUUGGCAGCCGUUCUGGCUCUGCUGGUGAGCCUGCAGGACCUGAUCGAGAUGAUGUCCAUUGGCACUUUGCUGGCUUACACUCUGGUUAGUGUGUGUGUGCUGCUGCUCCGCUACCAGCCCGACAAAGAGACGGACACACACCAGUUUAUCUCAGAGGACGACGUGGACAACAUCAAGGACGUCGGAGAUGAACCUACCAAAGACGACCACAUCAUGACGGAAGGCUGCGACCGUGACGGAUCCUCCUACCACGCUGGUGGGACUGAAGGCGAAUCAGACGACUCGCAUUUCCACACCGGACCUCCAUCUCUGUUGAAAAGACUUCUGGGCGGCCAUUACUACACCCUGCGACUCCGGCUGGGAAUCCCCGACUCCACGGCUCGCCCAACCCCUUCCUCGGGCCGGAUCGUCACCAGAUGCACCCUGUCCCUCUUCUUCAUGUCCUUCCUCUUCUGGUCCACCGUCAUAUUUGGUGUGGAGCAGGGCUCAGGCGUCGCGGCCGUGUUUUCCGGCCUGAUGGCGACUCUGAUGCUGGGAUCACUGGCGAAGCUCCUGAUGCUCAUCAUACAGCAGCCGGAGAGCAAACAGAGGCUGCCCUACAUGGCGCCGUGUGUUCCCUUCGUUCCUGCAGCGGCCAUUUUGGUUAACAGUUACCUCAUGCUGAAACUGUCCUCUCUCACCUGGGCCAGGUUCACUAUCUGGUGUCUGAUAGGCCUGCUGAUCUACAGCUGCUACGGCGUUUGGCACAGCACCUUGGAGCUGGACGCCCGCGAGCAGCAGGUCCACGCCAGCUCUUACCGUCGCUACGACGACAACCUGGACGACACCUUCUCCCCUGACGACGACCUUUGCCCCCAAGAGCAGGACGAGAGGCCCUACCAGGGCUGGUCCGCCCCGGAGGAGAGCCGGCACCGCCACCAGAACCAGAACCCGGGCCAGGAGGAGGAGCCAUAUGAGAGCCAGGGAGAGGAUGAUGGGAACCAGCAGGGGUACCAGUCUGGAGCCGGAGUCCAGAACCCGACCGGAGACAGCAAGUCCAAAGGACGGACCAACUUUGGGUUUGAUGAUGAAGACGACUGAAUUCAGGAGGACUGAAACCUUAAAG